UUGCACCUUACAGGAUUACUAUGAUGAAAUUCGCCAGACACAACUAAGAGAAUUAGCCAUUUUGAACAAGAACAGAAACCAAGACAGUACACUCGAUAAUACAGGGCCUGACCAGCUAUCAUCGCCAUCUGGUGGGCAAGAAACACUUACAACCCCAACGUCCAGACUGCCUUUGUCACUUUAUUCUCAAGGCUUAUUGAACGGUAGAGAUCGAUUGGUUGGCGGACCGAGUGUUUCUAGACACGUGAUGCACCCUGGUGCUGGACUUCGUAGAAGGACACUCCCAUUAAAACGAGUCAUUCAACCUCAUCAUGACGAAUCCUCACUCGUUCCCUCUGGCGAGCCAGUAUUAAUCCAACAGAGGCGGCCAGUGCUCCGAAGCCAAGCAAGUGGCCAUUUUCAUACAACUCUUGCAAAACCUGUACUGCUCGAAGAAAAUGGCUACGCCUACUACGAAGAAUUUUACAACGGUGCCGUAGAUGACGUAGUAGACGAAGAUUACAUCUCAACUAGCAAGGGACACUAUGAUCUACAUGAAGAAGACGUGUAUAACAACGGUUACCAUGAAGAGUGGACAGUACCUUCAAUUAGACGAAACCCAACGAUAAACCAUAGGUCUGUGAGUCGAGGCAACUACCGAGACCAUCCUUAUCCCCCAGUGGGUCUCCCUCACUACUAGACGUCACGCUGGUCAGCCGAGCAAUAACACCUACAGAUAUACUCUGUGUAGGUGUUCAACAUUCAAGGCGUGUGGACUGUUCAGACUUAAAAGUAUUGGAUAAAGAGAAGAUAGAACACACCUUAAUAUAUAUUGCCAUUCAUUCUCUUACCUUGCAGAAUGACAUCACCAAUGGCUUUAAAAUUCCGUUUCAUCCGUUGCUCAAUGUCAUCACACUUUCUAUUUUAUUAGUUCGCUUAAAAACUCUAACGUCAAAAUACUUGAGCUUAUAAAGAAUACGUCAAAGACGUUUUACUCAAACACUAAAAGAAAACAGCUAGGCCUCUUGUUCUUGAUUUUCAAACGGAAAUUGGUUCUUCAGUUUUCCUAAUAAUUCAAACAAAACAACUGAAAAGGGUUUUUUAUACUUAGUGCUUCAAAUGAAACUGACCAACCAGGUUUUCUUUUUGCUAAAUCCUUUAGAAAUGGUUAAUCAAUCAUGUUACUGUAUCUGACUCUUAAGACGAAAACCGACCAAUGAGAUAUUCAAAGAACUGAUUUUAUUUAAACGAAUAAGCUUAAAGGCAUAUAGCCUGACCCCUUCUUAUGACCAGCUGUAAAAACUUCUGAUGUUAGUAUAACUUUUAGAAAAAGACCGAAGAACUUUUAGGUGUUGAUUUGUAUAGGUAAUAUUCAUUUUUAUGAUUAGUUUCAAAUGAAAGAAAUGAGUAAUUCCAAAGGGUAGAGAAAUACGUACUGGAUUGUAACCUGAAUUAAAAAAAAGUAUAGAAUGCUUUAUAGAAUACAUAAUUAUUUGUACAUUUAGUUUUCAUGGGCUUAAAAGAAUUAUAUAAAUGGGUAUAUUUUUUGGUUAUGCUUAUUGAUAUAUCCUGCGUGGAUGAGGAUAUACACACACAGUUGUUCAACAGUGUUAUCACACAGAUACUGAGUCUUUACCGAUUAGCCAAUUUAAACCAUUAAGAACAUGAAUAUUGUGUAUAGUUCUGUAGGAACUUAGAGUAUCAUUUUCUUCACAGUUUUCUAAAAACUCAGACAGUGUUCGAAAAUACCAUUCGUUGACAUACAAUGUUCUCUUUGCUCUGUUGAUACAGUGGCUAGAUUGGGUAUUUGUACAAGAGAAGUUUUUUUAUUAUUAUUUUAGCUAAAAGGCAUAUUUGCAUCAGAUUCAUAAAACACUGGUAAAUCUUUUUUUAAAUCAAAUUUAAAGACUGUUCAGUUCCUCAAUGUUUUCCUAAGGCUUAUGCAUCGUUUGAUAUUCUAUGACUAAGUAGUUGCAUAGGAUAUAUUGAAGGUGAAAUCUGAGUAACGAAUGUAGCAUACUAACUCAUGAACGUGUGAAUAUUUUUCAUUUAAAGAAACCUUAGAGGCCACAUUAAGUUUAGAGUUUUCGUAUAUUUCACAUGCAACUAACAUAUAUGUUUUAUGAUUAAUAGAAUGAGGGAUGUUUAAAAGUUGUAUUGGAACGUUUAUACUGCUUGAAAUGAGCAGACUUACAAAAGAAUUGUCUUCUUGUUCAACAUGAAAGAUACAAUCUGGUGGUGAGUGCCUGAAAUAUUACCAAAGUGUCAUUUUGAGUAGAUCCAGGCAUUGUCCCAUUGUCAUGUAGCAUACAUACAUUUACGCUUUUAUUUGAAAACACUGAUAUCAUUUGAAUUACCUUUAUCUAAACUAGCUUAAUCAGUUUUUCCACAUUUCAUAAAAAUGAACUAUUCCUAAUGUGAAGUAUAGUAAAGAGAAAGUGGUAAUUUCGAACACUCUUGAGUCUUAUGAAAGUUUAAACUCUUACUUUCAGUCUUAUAUAGAAGGCACAUACAGACUUGUAUGUUGUGGGAAAAUAUAGUUAUAUAGAUAGGUUGCGAAGAUGUGUGUAGGUAUGUUAUGUGUGCUGUAAAAACAAAAUGAUAUUAGUUUUUGUUGAGAGAAUAUAUUAGCUAUAGUAAUUGUAUUGGUGUGCUUUACAUGUUUGUCAUCACAUGUGUAUGGAAAGAGAUCCAUUUUUACUCACCUUUCAAUUUUUAGAUGAUGUGUAUCCAAUACUGUGUACGGUGGUAUUUUUUGCUGUUCAAGACAAAAAUAAAAUAAAACAUUUUUAAAUACCAACCUAAACGAAGACUAAUAUGGCUCAUUUAAAUUUUUAGUUACUUUUAAAUAAUCUACUGGGUAGAGAUAGAGUCCUUCUUAACCAUUAUAAUCUAUAAACAAGUGGGAAGUAAACGAAAUGAUCACUCAUGAUGCCACAGCAACUAGCCAUGUUGCAUGUAAUCAAACACAAGUCUUUGAAACUAAUGAACGACUUAAAUUAGCUGUUGCUUCUUCACUCAGUUAGCCUAGAAACUUAUGAAACUUAGCUUUUCCUUUUGUAUUUCGUAGAUAUAAAUAACACAAAAACAGGAACUGAUCUUUCUAAAUGGUACGAAAAUGAAAUCCCCAGCCGAGAAUAAUUAAGUACUAAAACUUCAAGAUUAAUAAUUAAUAAUGAUCAUUGUUCUAAAUUAAUCUUAAUUUAAUUCGCUAAGAUAGGCAAAAAAAUGUAUCUACUAUAUAUAUAUAUAUACCUCCAUACUGCAAUUUAAUAACUGUCAGUACGAUAUCAUUUGUCCAACUGUUUAUCGUAAGUGAAAGUAAUAAUCUUCUGGAAAUCAGGUUAUAUUAUGUUAAUGCAUUUUAAAUUUCCAAUUCCAUUUAUAAAAAGCCAAGUUGUAUUAUGGCUGUAGUAUAAUUAGUUGACAAGUAGCCCUGACAGAUACAGUUGUAUAAUAAUAAUAACCAGGUGCUACUCCAUCUAACCAGUUUUCGCUGUUCGAAUAAAGACAUUUUAAAACCAAA